AUUAGAUGUCCUGCAGCACAGUCUCUCUGUGCGACGGAGGAAAACGAACACGUUUACAGGAAAAACAGAGAGAACAGAAAAUCAACCAUCAGAGUCACUCAGAAAAACAGAGCAGAGGAGACGUGUCUGAGACGGUCGUCUGUGAAAUCAGCUCCAGAAACAGGAAAACUGAAGGAAUAGAGCGGACCUUCGUACAAUAAAGAAGUUAAAAUAAACAGACAGAUAGAUAGAUAGAUAGAUAGAUAGAUAGAUAGAUAGAUAUACUUUAUUGAUCCAAACUGGGAAAUUCUCUUGUUACAGCAGCAAAUAGAGAAUACAGAAUAACAUUAAAUAUAAGAAGUAAGUAUAAUGCAGACUAAAAAUACUAAGUAUAUACAAUAAACACAGACUGAAUAUGCUAAACAUACUAAGAGAUAAAAGUGAGAUAUGAAGAACGUGGGCUAUUGAGAUGAGUCAUAAAUAUACAAUGCUAAAUAUUAAAUAUUACAGAUGGGGUGAAAGAUAUGCAGACAGUUUAAGGUGCUCAGUAAUGUGAUGUGGUUGGAGUUUUAAAAAUGGACUUUACAGCAGAGUGAGAGUUAUUAAAUAGUGCAAAACUGUUCAGGGACAUUCUGAGAAGAGUGGAGAGGUUUUUAUUACACAUGAAAACUGGACAGGAAGAAUUCAUAUGGAUAUAAAUACAAACAUUUAUAAAUACAUGUGUGUAUAUAUAUAUAAAUAUAUAUAUAUAUACAUAUAUAUUUAUAUAUAUGUAUAUAUAUAAAUAUAUAUAUAUAUAUAUAUAUAUAUAUAUAUAUAUAUAUAUAUAUAUAUAUAUAUAUAUAUAUAUAAAAAUAUAUAUAUAUAUAUAUAUAUUAUAUAUAUAUAUAUAUAUAUAUAUAUAUAUAUAAUAUAUAUAUAUAUAUUUAUAUAUAUAUAUAUAUAUAUAUAUAUAUAUAUAUAUAUAUAUAUAUAUAUAUAUAUAUAUAUAUAUAUAUAUAUGUAUAUAUAUAUAUAUAUAUAUAUAUAUAUAUAUAUACAUAUAUAUACAUAUAUAUAAAUAUAUAUAUAUAUAUAUAUAUAUAUAUAUAUAUAUAUAUAUAUAUAUAUAUAUAUAUAUAUAUAUAUAUAUAUAUAUAUAUAUAUAUAUAUAUAUAUAUAUAAUAUAUAUAUAUAUUUAUAUAUAUGUAUAUAUAUAAAAAUAUAUAUAUAUAUAUAUAUUUAUAUAUAUAUAUAUAUGUAUAUAUAUAUAUAUAUAUAUAUAUUAUAUAUAUAUAUAUAUAUAUAUAUAUAUAUAUAUAUAUAUAUAUAUAUAUAUAUAUAUAUAUAUAUAUAUAUAUAUAUAUAUAUAUAUAUAUAUAUAUAUAUAAAUGUAUAUGUAUAUAUAUAUAUUUAUAUAUAUAUAUAUAUACAUAUAUAAAUAUAUAUAUAUACACACGCUGCUUUAGGAGCUCGUCGUGGACUUUUGUGUUUUUAAAGCUGCAGAUUUCACACAACAACAUAAGAGCAUAUUUGUGUGAGUGCUGUGGAACGGUCUGUGUCUCUCAUAUUCAGUGUUUGACGUCCCUGCUGCUGUCUGACUGUAACUGAAUAAACACACUAACAGGUCUUUAUGAUUAUUUUAAUAUUCAUUCAUUUAUCCUCCUCAGAUCAUGUUCACAGAUUCGGGACUUAAAGGAUUAAAUUAAACGGCUGUCGGAGUCGCUCGUUGACACCUCUGAGAUUACUGCGUGUGUGAGUGUUGCAGCGUUUCCAUGGCGACAGUCUGAUCCUGCAGCAUGUCCUUUUUUGUGUGUGUUUGUCAGGUGAAAUGGUCCAGAGAGAACUACUACCACAACCUGAGCUCUCCCUACUGUCUGCGGCUGGCUUCAGGAGACGCCUCAGGGAAGAUCAUCGUGUGGGACGUGGUGAGCGGGACGGCCCACUGUGAGAUCCAGGAGCACUCCAAACCCAUCCAGGGUGAGUAAUCCUCUCUGUGGAUUUAUCCUCUGUGCCGAGGGCUGUUUGUUUUCAUUAAGAAACCCCCCCACACCCCCACCUCACCGUCUCUCUCCUCUCCGUUUCUAGACCUGGAGUGGUUGUGGAAUCAGGAUGCGUCCCGUGACCUGCUGUUGGCGGUCCAUCCUCCGAACUACAUCGUCCUGUGGAACGGAGACACGGGCACCAAGCUGUGGAAGAAGAGUUACGCCGAGAACAUCCUCUCCUUCUCCUUCGACCCCUUUGACCCCUCAAAUAUGGCGCGUAAGUGACGCCAGAGCCGAGCAGACGGCCGCAAAAGUGCAAACCAAACGACUUUGACUCUUUAGUUUAAAUUAAAAAAGACUGAAAACGUUCGUCUCUGUAAAUCUGUGACUUCAUAUCACAGUAAACCUGUUCAACACUUCUUACGUGACACCAUGACUAUAGUUCACAGUUUCUCAGGAUCUAUCUCGUGUUUCUCUACGGGGUAAAAAGUGUUCAAUAGUUUACCCUUUAGGCGAUCGAUCGAGGGUUUCCAGACGUUUCUACACCUGCAACAAGGUUUACAAUCCAGACACAAAACCAGAGAGGGAUCAUCUGAAGGUCGUCCCUGAAAACGUCGUUGUCUGGACGGACGCAGAUGUUCCUCCUAAAGCUGCAGAUCUUGUUUAAAACUGAGGAUGCAGCAUCUAUGAUUUCCAGUUCUUCGUUGAAAGAACGACUGUCUGACUUGAGACGUUUCGCCGUAAGUCCAGUUGGAACGGAAACAACACUGCUCCCAACCAGAGGAGUCCAGCAGAGUCAGCAGGACUCUGAGGUGGAAACUCCUGAUCACCUCACAUGCUCUCGUUUCAUGACCCUGCAGACAGAACCAGAACCAGGUCCGCUGACCUGAACCCGGUCUGACUAACAUCUCUCUUCUCCCUCUUCCUCUGCAGUGCUGACCAGCGAAGGAAUCGUCUUCAUCACCGACUUCUCUCACUCCAAACCGCCGGGCAGUGCCGGUAAAAAGGUCUACAUCGCCAGUCCGCACGCGAGCCCCGCCCACACCAAACCUGCGCCGGCCGCUGCUCCCGCCCCCACCGGUGCCAAGAAGGCUCUGAACAAAGUCAAAGUGCUGAUCACCAACGAGAAACCCACGUAAGAGCGAGUUCUUCUCCUCCGUGUUCACGGUUCCCCCCUUUGACUCUCUGUUAUCGUGGAAAAAUUCACUCAAACUCUUUCCGACUUUUCUCUGUUUUUAUAAAACGUUGAGACGUUGGCGUCUUCUCUCCGACCUCUGAAGCUGUGGGUCGUUUUUUGUAAAGAUCACGAACAUAUUUGAGGUGAAUCCUGAUGCUUUAGGCGGUUGGUCGUAAAAAACGUCAGAGAAAUUCAGCGUCAGUCGAGUUUAUUUCAUGAGAUGGACGAGGCGAGAACGUGGUUUUGGUAAUAUGAGCUGAUCUGAGUAAUGGGAGACAGGUUUGGAGUCUCUCUCUGAUCCUUCAGAGGCUUGUCUUUAUUAAAGUCAGCACGCCGCCGGGUUCCUCCGUCACGGUUUAAUUCUGAUCCAUUUUAGCGACUUUAAAUGUUCUUUUGCAGAGAUUGAAAACGGCGUCUCAGUCAGACUCAGCGGCGGUUAUCAAAUCAAGUCCGGUGUCAGAUAUUAAAGUUCCUGAUGAAGAGGAAGGGUUCGAUGAAUCUUUGAUACUCAGACUUCUGGGAAGUGGAGGCUGAACUCGUUUCUUCAUCUUUAAGCGACGAACUGAAGUCGGAGUUGAAAACUGACUUCAUAAAAGAGACGAAGAGCCGAAGGCCGGUGUGACGUUCCUGCAGCUCAGAGUCAAACAGGUUUUAUUAAUGGCAGCAGAAACUCGGCCCCCCCCCACGUCCUGCUGUAACACACACACACACACACACACACACACACACACACACACACACACACGUGCGCUUCAUUAAUCAUAGUCGUCUUUAUCGCCUCCCUCUGUUUCUGCCUUUGUUACCUCGGUGUGCGUCGCUGACACCUCCUUAGCCCACCAAUCACAUGGUGUGUAAUUGCUUCUCAGGAUGUUGAACACCUUGGUCUACCUGUGUCUGUGUGUGUCUGUCUGUUGUUAAUCAUGUUCAGUGUUCCAGUAUCUCUGCUCUCUGCCUCUGUCUCUGCCGCCGCUGAAACCUGCAGGAGAGCAGAAUAAAUCAGGUCCAGGAGAGUCUGGUCCUGAGUCCAGAGGAGAGGAAGUGAAGCUCAUAAAUCAGCAUGUUUGCUCACAUAAACCAGGAGCUUCAGUACUUUAGUUUGAGGUACAGAGAUCUGGAGUUUAGUCGGAGAAGUUUUGGUUUCACUUUAUCGUCUGAGUGUUAAAGAUGGGGGAGGGAUCCGUUAAAGAAGCAUUUUAAUGUCAUGUCGUUCAGGAGCCCAAACAAAGUUAGCGUGCUACAAUAUCGGACAGUAGAAACCAACCAGAAAGUUCGGAAAAUUGUCUGAAUCCUCCUUUGGCCACGACUGCCGACACAAGCAAGAAAACACUCAAACAUAAACAGUCAGCAAGAAAACAGUCAACAAGAAAACAGUCGGCAAGAAAACAGUCAGCAAGAAAACAGUCAGCAAGAAAACAGUCAACAAGAAAACAGUCAGCAAGAAAACAGUCAGCAAGAAAACGGUCAGCAAGAAAACAGUCAACAAGAAAACAGUCAACAAGAAAACAGUCAACAAGAAAACAGUUAACAAGAAAACAGUCAGCAAGAAAACAGUCAGCAAGAAAACAGUCAGCAAGAAAACGGUCAGCAAGAAAACAGUCAACAAGAAAACAGUCAACAAGAAAACAGUCGGCAAGAAAACAGUCAACCAUAAACAGUCAACAAGAAAACAGUCAACCAUAAACAGUUAACAAGAAAACAGUCAGCAAGAAAACGGUCAGCAAGAAAACAGUCAACCAUAAUGAGUCAACAAGAAAACAGUCAACAAGAAAACAGUCAGCAAGAAAACGGUCAGCAAGAAAACAGUCAACCAUAAUGAGUCAACAAGAAAACAGUCAACAAGAAAACAGUCAACAUCAAAACAGUCAACAAGAAAACAGUCAACCAUAAUGAGUCAACAAGAAAACAGUCAACAAGAAAACAGUCAACAUCAAAACAGUCAACAAGAAAACAGUCAACCAUAAUGAGUCAACAAGAAAACAGUCAACAAGAAAACAGUCAGCAAGAAAACAGUCAACAAGAAAACGGUCAGCAAGAAAACAAUCAAGAAAACAGUCAACCAUAAACAGUCAACAAGAAAACAGUCAACAUCAAAACAGUCAACAAGAAAACAGUCAACCAUAAUCAGUCAACAAGAAAACAGUCAACAAGAAAUCAGUCAACCAUAAACAGUCAACACGAAACCAGGCAACAAGAAAACUGUCAACAAGAAAACGCUGCUCCCCCGUGUCGUUCAGGAGCCCAAACAAAGUUAGCGUGCUACAAUAUCGGACAGUAGAAACCAACCAGAAAGUUCGGAAAAUUGUCUGAAUCCUCCUUUGGCCACGACUGCCGACACAAGCAAGAAAACACUCAAACAUAAACAGUCAACAAGAAAACAGUCAACAAGAAAACAGUCAACAAGAAAACAGUCGGCAAGAAAACAGUCAACCAUAAACAGUCAACAAGAAAACAGUCAACCAUAAACAGUUAACAAGAAAACAGUCAGCAAGAAAACGGUCAGCAAGAAAACAGUCAACCAUAAUGAGUCAACAAGAAAACAGUCAACAAAAAAACAGUCAACAUCAAAACAGUCAACAAGAAAACAGUCAACCAUAAUGAGUCAACAAGAAAACAGUCAACAAGAAAACAGUCAACAAGAAAACAGUCAACAAGAAAACAGUCAGCAAGAAAACAGUCAACAAGAAAACAGUCAACCAUAAUGAGUCAACAAGAAAACAGUCAACAAGAAAACGGUCAGCAAGAAAACAAUCAAGAAAACAGUCAACCAUAAACAGUCAACAAGAAAACAGUCAACAUCAAAACAGUCAACAAGAAAUCAGUCAACCAUAAACAGUCAACACGAAACCAGGCAACAAGAAAACUGUCAACAAGAAAAUGCUGCUCCCCCGUGUCGUUCAGGAGCCCAAACAAAGUUAGCGUGCUACAAUAUCGGACAGUAGAAACCAACCAGAAAGUUCAGAAAAUUGUCUGAAUCCUCCUUUGGCCACGACUGCCGACACAAGCAAGAAAACAAAGUAAAUACCGGAGACUCUGGAGGAAUAACGGGCGCUUAAAACGGAGGUAGACCGGACAAGAGCUAAAAAGCCGGGUCAACAUAAACCAUGGGGGACGCUUGGGGAUCUUGGUGACCCUGUAACCUUUCUGCUGGACAGGUAAACCGCUUUAACAAAGUAAGACAAGUGUCUGUAACAGAAGUGUUUCUUGUCAAACGGACCUGCUGUAGCGUGUUGUAGCGCCAUCGCUAAACUGUCCUCCCUCGGGUCCUGGACUAUGUCACUUUAUCCUCGUUGUAGAAGUCCUGCAAACAUCGUGUUUGCUGGUAGUCUGUUGGCAUCUACAGUAGCACCAAUGCUUUUGACUUUCACCUUGACUGGGCCCCAUUUGUAAUGAUCUGAAGUAUUUAUCUGAAGCUGAUGAUAAAUAUCAGCUGUUUUCAGACGAUGAGUUUGACGCAGUUUCUCUCUCAUCCUCACAGAUUUCCUGUUCUGUCUUUACUUGGACUCUUUAAUUCAGUUAUUCAUCUGUUCUCUUUAUUUUUCGUAUAUUUAGUUUUCAUGUGUGAACCCAGAGUCAUGAUUUAAACAUCAGUUCCUGUCAGAUUCAGCUCUGAGAGUUUGUUCUGAAUCCUCCAAACAUGAGAGCUGAUGAAAAGAAUAAUGAAGAGGCUGAACUGAGUCUGAUUUUAAUUUCAUCAGAGUCAUGGAUAUUUAUUUUACAUCAUUAAAAUAACAGUGAUUCAAAGUUUCAUUCUCCGGGGCCGUGUUUGUUAUUCAGAGGACUGCAGGGGACACUUGUGGUGAUUUCAGAUGUUAGUUUAAGAGUUUUAAUAAAAGAGGCUUUGAAUAAUGAAAAUGAAGUUAGUUUUAUUAAAAUCACAAACUGGAUCUUAGAUUAAAAUGUGCUGGUCUCAUUUAGAGGAUCUGGAGAGGUCUCUGUACUCGAGUUGGGCUGUAAAUAUCACUGUAUGUGUUUUUCCCUGAAAAUUCAGUUAAUCUCUUAAAAAUAAUCAAACUGUCUCAUUUGUUCAUUUUCCUUUAAUUUUUAAACUCAGAUUUUUAUACAGAUACAAACUAAAUGUCAGACCAGUCUGGUGAUUUUUUUAUGGCGUACCUUUGGUACCUUUAAGGUACGCCAUAAAAAACAGUUUCUGAUUUUUUUAUGAUCAUUUCUUCAUGGAAAUACAAUCAGAGACGCUAAGACAGAAGAACUACCACGUCUUUAAAAUGAUUAAUAUGGUGAUUAUUACUUCAAGGAAAUGAUAAAGAAAUGAUCAUAAAUGUUCUUCCUUGAGCUGCGGCACCCCGCUGUAGUCUGUAAUGGACUGGCCUGAGGUCUCUCUACAAACAAGCGUCUGCUGGAAGAGAGUAGGUGAGUUGUGUUUAGUCUCUUUGCUAAAGAAAUGAGUCAAAGUUAAAAAGAUGUUUGGUGUCUAGUACUAUGUCUGUGACCCUAUAUGUCCUGUUGAUGAAGUUAGGUGCUGUUCUGAGCAUUAUUUGUGGCUAUAGAGUGGCGUUUUGGUUGGGGGCGUGGCUCUCUGUAUUUCUAUCCUGCGGUCGUUACUAAAGUCGCCGGUAUAUCCCUUUAAGAGCAGAGUUUGUAAGGAGGGUGUGUGUGUGUGUGUGUGUGUGUGUAUGUGUGUAUGUGUGUGUGUGUGUGUGUGUGUGUGUGUGUGUGUGUGUGUGUGUAUGUGUGUGUGUGUGUGUGUGUGAUGUCUGAAGACAGGAAGUCUGAAUAUUUCGGGUGAAUUCAGGUCACCACCACUCACUCUCUCUCUCUCUCUCUCUCUCUCUCUCUCUCUCUCUCUCUCUCUCUCUCUCUCUCUCUCUCUCUCUCUCUCUCUCUCCCCCCCCCCCCUCUCUCUCUCUCUCUCUCUCUCUCUCCCUCUCUCCCUCCCCUCUCUCUCUCUCUCUCUCUCUCUCUCUCUCUCUCUCUCUCUCUCUCUCUCUCUCUCUCUCUCUCUCUCUCUCUCUCUCUCUCUCUCUCCCCCUCUCUCUCUCUCUCUCUCUCUCUCUCUCUCUCUCUCUCUCUCUCUCUCUCUCUCUCUCUCUCUCUCUCUCUCUCUCUCUCUCUCUCUCUCUCUCUCUCUCUCUCUCUCUCUCUCUCUCUCUCUCUCUCUCUCUCUCUCUCUCUCUCUCUCUCUCUCUCUCUCUCUCUCUCUCUCUCUCUCUCUCUCUCUCUCUCUCUCUCUCUCUCUCUCUCUCUCUCUCUCUCCUCUCCCCCCUCUCUCUCUCUCUCUCUCUCUCUCUCUCUCUCUCUCUCUCUCUCUCUCUCUCUCUCUCUCUCUCUCUCUCUCUCUCUCUCUCUCUCUCUCUCUCUCUCUCUCUCUCUCUCUCUCUCUCUCUCUCUCUCUCUCUCUCUCUCUCUCUCUCUCUCUCUCUCUCUCUCUCUCUCUCUCUCUCUCUCUCUCUCUCUCUCUCUCUCUCUCUCUCUCUCUCUCUCUCUCUCUCUCUCUCUGUCUCUCUCUCUCUCUCCCUCUCCCCCCCCCUCUCUCUCUCUCUCUCUCUCUCUCUCUCUCUCUCUCUCUCUCUCUCUCUCUCUCUCUCUCUCUCUCUCUCCCCUCUCUCUCUCUCUCUCUCUCUCUCUCUCUCUCUCUCUCUCUCUCUCUCUCUCUCUCUCUCUCUCUCUCUCUCUCUCUCUCUCUCUCUCUCUCUCUCUCUCUCUCUCUCUCUCUCUCUCUCUCUCUCUCUCUCUCUCUCUCGCUCUCUCUCUCUCUCUCUCUCCCUCUCUCCCUCUCCCCCCCCCCCCCUCUCUCUCUCUCUCUCUCUCUCUCUCUCUCUCUCUCUCUCUCUCUCUCUCUCUCUCUCUGUCUCUCUCUCUCUCUGUGACUUUAACUUCUCAGUCCUGAUCUCUGCCUGACUUCGCUGAACUCUGGGAUUUAUCUCUGCAGGUUCUGAAGGACCCUCUCUUGGGCCCGUUUGAUCCGCCCGCUCUCCCCCACAUUGAUGUUCUGAUUGUUAUAAAGGAAUAAACCUGCAGACUGAGUUCUGACCACAGACUCGGUCAGAAGCAGAACUGUUGAGGACUUUGUUGUCCUCGUGUGGAGAGAUGAUGAGACCUGGCUGCUGCUGCUGCUGCCGUGGAUAAUAGUAUUUGUGACUAAUUUAAACACACAUAAAUCGAGUUAGAUCAAACAUACUUGGUCUGACAUUUUGGGGACUCAGAAUAAUGGAGGGGAUUAGGAUGUGACAGAGCCAGCACCUGCUUAAUUCAUCAGCCUCCCAGCAUUAGACAGAAAUCUCUUUUAAGUUUGUGACUCAUUUAUAACUCUGCAGCCAGACCCGGAAUAAAGAUCAAGAAGUGUUUAUUAGAUCUGUCCUCACACCGCCUCGGCCAUCUUCAUAUUUACAUAUUCCAUAUGCAUGUGUUGUUUCUGCACAGACUCAUUAUGUCGGGACACUUUCUGCAGAAACAGACCAGGGGCCUGUUCUACGAAGCAGGUUCAACCUAGUCGCCUUGGAGCUACCUCACUCAACUUAGCGCGGUAGCCAGCGGUCUCGCUAAACGGUCUUACGACGCUGGUUAACAACCUCGUAAGUUGAGCCAGCUUUGCUAUGAGCGCGUGCACACAUGUAAGGCGGAGCCCGCCGCAUCUGACCAAUCGUGAACACGGACAAGUCUGGAGCGUCAGAGCAGGCCGGAGAGCGAGGGACCGUGUACUUUACAAACGAGGAGCAGGAGACGAUCAUGAGAAAGUCUGAAGAAUUAAAAUCUCUAUAUCCACAAAUAAUGUUCAGAACAGCACCUAACUUCAUCAACAGGACAUAUAGGGUCACAGACAUAGUACUAGACACCAAACAUCUUUUUAACUUUGACUCAUUUCUUUAGCAAAGAGACUAAACACAACUCACCUACUCUCUUCCAGCAGACGCUUGUUUGUAGAGAGACCUCAGGCCAGUCCAUUACAGACUACAGUGGGGUGCCGCAGCUCAAGGAAGAACAUUUAUGAUCAUUUCUUCAUCAGUUCCUUGAAGUAAUAAUCACCAUAUUGAUCAUUUUACAGACGCAGUAGUUCUUCUGUCUUAGUGUCUCUGAUUGUAUUUCCAUGAAGAAAUGGUCAUAAAUGUUCUUCCUAAAUCAUCAUCAUCAUCAUCAUCAUCAUCAUCAUUAUCCCUAUCUUCAUCCUCAUCAUUUUCAUCCUCCUCCUCCUCCUCACACUGUUGUUUCCCUCUCCUCUCCUCAUGACUGUAACUCAGCCCGUCCUGUCGUGAACCUCUGAUCGUUUCCUCCUCCCUCAGAGCCGAGGCCGUGACGCUCAACGACUGUCUCCAGCUGUCCUACCUGCCGUCCAAGAGGAACCACAUGCUGCUGCUGUACCCCAGAGAGAUCCUGAUCCUGGACCUGGAGCUCAGUCAGACGGUGGGCGUGGUGGCCAUCGAGCGCUCAGGGGUGCCCUUCAUUCAGGUGAGGCUGAGAUCUCUCUUUGAGUCUUUUCAUGGCGUUGAUUUAUCUGAACCAUCACCUGUGGGGUCUGCAGACCUCUGCUCUCAUAGACCAGCAGAUAAAUGGUCCUGAUACAGUUUUACUCUAAGAUGCUGCUUCAAACAAAAUACUCAUUUUUUAAGAAUUAACAGCAACAAAGAUCCUUCCUUUCACUGCUGGGCUCUGGUCUGUCCCCGAGCCUGAGAAGAUGAGGUCCGUCAGGAGGACGUGAUGGAGAUGUUUCAGUAUUUGUUGAUGAAGAUGUUUCUGUAUUUGUUGAUGGAGAUGUUUCUGUAUUUGGUUGUUGGAGGCAGACUAAAUAUCAGCUCUGCUUUAACAGCCUUCUCCUCCUCCUUCUUCUUCUUCUUCUCCUCAGAUGAACCCGCCGCUGCUGCAGGUUCUCCUUUUAUUGCAGUACACCGGGGGUUUUACCAAAAUCUGUCUCUUUUUAUGGAUGAUUCUCUCGGGGAGCCAAUUCCUCCUGCCAUGAGUGAUAAAACUCUCCACUUUUCUUCCUCCUCUCACAGCUCACCUCAUCAGAGCAGAGAAACCUGUUCCUGUGGUUGGAGUUUUUGUUCCUCUCAGCAGCUCUCUGACCUUUCUCUGAAACUUCUCCUCGUUUUGAGUCGGUCUUACUAAUUGAAAAUUGAUGAACGCUUUGAAGGUUUUCGAUAAAGGAUUUGUGACGGAAACGGUUCGUCCUGCUUUCCCUGGAACUUCUCCGUCUUUCUGGGCUGAAAUGUUCACCAUGGGAGUUGUCAGUGACCUUUUUUUUCCACAGACGAAUGAAUAAUUGCUGAGCGUGGACUCGGCCGGGUCACCGUUCUGAACUUGACGUACGUCGGAUGGUUCAGUGUGGCUCUGAUUGAGAAAGCAGCAUCAUCUCGACUGAGAGGUAGAAUAUCGUUAACUUCAUCUCCACAAGGGGGCAGUAUCAGUCAGAAAGGACACCAGACUGACCGCGCUCAGGGAGGCGUGUGGCGGUCAGUCAUUCAGGUUUUUAAGAGAGAGAGAAAAGAACCGCCUCUACCUCAGCAUGUCCACCACCCAAAACAACAGGAAGUCCUGUUCCUGGAGAACGCCUCCUCGCCCUGUCAUGGUGGCUGACGUGGCUCGAUGACUCUGUGAGGCGGAGUCACCCACGUCCCUACACUAGCUGCGUCUGAAUCUCCAAGUAGUAGUCGAAGUAGUAUGUAGCAUGUCCGAAUUGGCCACCGGAGCGAGUAGCAUGCUACUUCAGAUACUACUUCAGAUACUAGACACGCCCACAUUGUAGGUUGGUCUCGGUGCAUCCUACGGGCAUGCUACUGACCCAAAAUGCACCGCGGGCUUCUUCUUCGUCCUCUUAAAAGUUGUAGAAGCGCAUGUGAUGCUAGCGCCACCAGCUGCUCUGCCUAUUUAAAAGUGUCGCGAACGCCGGCUGGCCACAGCAGCGCGCACCAUGUCGGAGCAGCAGCAGGCGGGUCCGCAGCAGUACAGAUGUAAGUUUCAUGUAACUUCACACACUGUCCUAAAAAAUGUGCGGUUGUAUCUCUUUGUCAUGUCAUGGUGUCAUAUUUGCCCAAGUAAUCAUUUUAUGAGCAAAUAUGUGGCGACAUCAUGGAGGUAAAGCUCACUUAUUCCAUCAUUAAACUGCACAGCUGCAGUAAUACAGCCAGGCCCACAGAUGAGGGGCUUCAGUUACCACUGUCUGCACGGGCGCAGUACCUACUCUCUGCCUGCGGGGGUCGUCUUUCCCCACCGCUCGUCUAGUGUGUCCGACUGGGCCAACGUUUUUAGUAUGUAGGAGUAGGAUCUAGCAGUAGGAUGUAGUAUCCGAGCGGGCAGUUCGGACGCAGCAACCGUCUUUGUUGUCAAACAGAACAAAGAUGGAGGAGGAGGAGUUCUUGUAGUUAGAGGAGCAGAACUCAGACCCCCAGAUCUGCUUCAGCUGACACCGCCCCCCUCUCUCUCGGCUAAGUGUUACAAAGAGCGUGUCGUGCAGCCAAUUUACAUGAGUGAUGGCUCAGCUCCAGAGAGUCCAGGCUGGAGGGUGAAAACUCAAGGACAGGGACGUCUGUACGCUCCGAUUCAUCCAGUCCAGAGUGAAAUCUGUCGUUUCAGUGGAGAGGCGUCAAACCGCAGCAGGAAGUAAGGAGGAAGUCAAACAAACGUUCUCCUGACAGCUCUUAAAGGAGUCCACGUCGGUGAGUCUGAACCAGCAGCAGAAGGAGCUGGACCGCUUCCUCAGCAGUGAGUCAGCAGGUGCUCCCCUCUGAUUGGACAGGACCAACCAGACAACAAAGAUGGAGGAUGAUGAGCCUGAAGGAUACGCCGUGCACGACAAACACCCGGUCGAACAAAUGAGCGAGAGAAGAAACGACAGAAUAUCAUUUUUUAUACAAACAUAUUCAGGAACAUGUUUCAGAAAAGAGGGAGGAAACUUCUACGACAGAGCCGCGCUGACGAGGUUCCUCCAGCUGCUGUCACUCAGUACGUUUCCAUGACACUAAACCGAAUUAUCGCCUUAUUCCGAUUAAGACCGGACAACUGAAGGUCAUGUAAACACCUCAGUCCGACUAUAAUCAGAGUUUGAGAACUCAGAUUAAGACACUCUGAUAAUGUGAUUAAAGUUCGAUUUUCUCUACCAUGUAACCAGCGUAGUCGGAGUAUGAUCAGUUACAGGCCACGCCCCCUUUAACCCCGUAACAAACCCCCAGAGUAGAGGAGUAGCGUUGGUCUCCUCUUUAGAAAAAGUAGCGCGUCCAUCAUGUCGGACAAAAACAACGCUGUACGAUGCUCCAUCUUCUUGUUUCUCCAAAAUGCCCAGCAGCAGUUGUAGACACUUCUGACGUCUGACACCGACCUGCUGUUGUUGUUGACGGUUGGAUGGGGUCGGAAACAGCGCCGCUGAAAAGACCCAUAUCGCCCCCUAGUGUUGAUUUAUUUUGUUGCUCUGUGUUCAGGUGAUCCCCUGCGCUCAGCGUGACGCCCUCUACUGUCUGCAUGAGAACGGCUGCAUCACCCUCCGAGUGUGUCGCUCCACCACCUCCAUCGAGGAGGCAGCAGGUACCUCCACACACACACACACACACACACACACACACACACACACACACACACACACACACACACACACAAACACACACGCACACACACACAAAGAGAGUCCAGCUCAUGAUGAAGUUUCAGUUAUUUUCUUGAGUCCAGAAGAAGUCACGCUGUUGACUCUCAGACACCGACGUGAAGGUCGCUCACAGGGAUCGGACUAAUCGCCAUGGGGGGGUGUAGGAAGGUGACGGAGGAGCAGUUCUCUGGAUUUUUGGGGCUCCUCUGUUGGUCCUGAGUUUGUUUGUUUGAUGCUGAAACUAAAAUAAAUCCUGUGAGAGGCUGCCGGCCUGAUUCUGUCUUUCUUCAUUUUUCACCUCCACCAUAAAAACCUCCAGGAUCGUCUUGAGCUCGUCGUUCUGUAUCGUCUCUGUAGAGCAGCGUUGAGUAUCUCAUACAGGAUCUCAGCGUGUUUGGAUUUGUUUGAUAGAGUAAACUCUGAUCCUUUCUGCUGUUUCCUUCAGACAGAGUUAGCAGGUCCACAUGGAUCAGGGAUCGACCAUCAGAUUGUUCUGUUAUUGAUAAAUCCAGAACCAGGAAGGAUUUCUAAUCCACACCAACUGAUACACAGUCAGGAGUUCACAGAUGGUCUUUUAUUUUGAAAUACCGGAGGACAUUCGCGGUUUUCCUGCUUGACUUCCUGUCAAAAACGAUCGUCUCUGUGUGGAUUGACGCUCAUCGGAAGCGUAGAGCAGAGAAAAUCGAGGAGCUGAUACUGGUCCUGUUCGCUCUACUGUAUUGAUCAGAAACCUGUUUGAUAGGAGACGCUGCUGAUCCAGGCUCAGUCUGGAUUAAGGCUGCACGAUAUUGGAAAAAAAUAAUAUUGCGAUUUUUUUCAACCCUGCGAUAUAUAUUGCGAUAUUAAAAAUACAGGAAUUUUCACCAGAUGACCUGAAUAUCACUUAAUGUUAUGCUGCACUGCUGAAAUCUUGAGGACAGUUAAUCUGCUCUGAUCUUACCUCUUUUUGUGAAUGUUAGUAGAAUGGCUUCUGUCUGUCUCAGAGAUAUUUUUAGCUUUUAUUGUGCUGGGACGUUAUUGUGAAAACAGGUGAACACAGAAGACGUGUUUUGGUCGACAUCAUCCUUCUUUUAACCGAAAUAAUUCCAGAUAACUGACUUUCCUUUUCUUUUUGGCAACAAAUCUUCAUUUUCGGUGGUUUUCGCUUGUUCGUUGUUCAUUUUGCGAUCGUUGUUGUUGUUGUUAGCGGUGUUGUGCCGAGAAACGCAUGUCCUCCGAGAAUUGCAUGCACCUCGCAAAACGCGCACUGCUUAUAGUAGAGUGGUCCACGGAAAUGUACAAUUUAAAACCCAUACAGUUCUUAUUUGUUGGGCUAAACAGUCAUGAGUAAAGUUCCGAAAGUAAUUCUCAGCGGACACACGUCUCCCUCCAUGUGCAGAACAUGUGCAGGGGUGGGUUUUCUCCUCCCUGAUUUUGAUUGACAGCUGGCAGGGUAGUCUGAUUGGCAACUGAGAAGUGAGUCUGAUUGGCAACUGAGUUAAGGACGAAGGCGAUUGGUGGAUCGCUGCACAGCACAUGCAGAGUCACAUGGAGUGUAUCUCAGUCGGUUACCCUUGAAAUUAAAUGAGUUCAUCCACCUCCAAUAUCGCAGGCUCUGCGAUGUGACUAUCGCACACACGUACAUCGCGAUGACGAUAGUCAAACGAUAUAUCGUUCAGGCCUAGUCUGGAUCCCGGAGGUUUGAGUCUCUGCAGCUCCUCCCUGGACUCCUCUGUCUCAUUAAUCUUUAUCUCAGGGUUACAGACCCCCCCUCUAUCUCUUAGUCCUCCCAUCUCUUAAUGAGGGUGUCUCACUCUUUUAUUUCGGCCAGACGAGUUUCUUUAAUUAAAGUUUAUAACUUUAAAAAUUAUUCAUAUUAAAUCAGCUGUGGCUGCCAAAGCUGGGAAACAUGUGGGGAUCUUGGUCCAAAAUGAGCAGAAUUAUUCAUGUGCUCUGAGUUGGCAGGAGCAGGAGAGUCUAUCACUCUGAUUUUAUUUCUAACCUGUAAAGUUAAUUAAACGGAUUUCCCUCCAGCUCUUCCUGCUGAAUGGACACAAACCCUGAACACCUCCUGACCCGCAGAGAUUUUAACGUUAAAGAUUCAGUCAGCCGAGCUUUUUCAGACUCACACAGAGAGGAAACAGGAAACCGUCUCUGAGCGAACCUCCGGAUCUGGAAACGGUUUCAGAAUUCUGAACUUCUGCCGUCCACGACAACAGCAUCUGUGACGACGUCUGGAGACGGUCCAGGACAGGAGCAGAUUUACAGCUGAGUUAUCAUCAUCAUCGUUAAAGUCACUCUCACUUAUUUCUGAGUUUAUAAUUUGGUCUCCAGUUCACAUCAGCGACGUCGAGGACAGGUUCCUCAGGGACUCCUGGUUCGUGUUUACGGCGGUCCUGCAGCCUCCUGAGUUUAUUAAACCUGCUCAGGUGAAAGGAUUAUUUUAUCGGAGGUGAAGAAGAGUCUCACCAUGAUCCGGUCACCGUGGACCUCCAUCGUAGAACCUUCCCUUUAAAAGGACCCGUCUGUGCUGGUUUGGACCCGAGUUCUCCUCAGUCUCAGCACCUAUGUCAGGUUUAGUCUCGGUCCUUGGUUUGAGUCUCUGAUGAAGUCUAAGGUUGGAGCUCAGAGUUAAACAAAAAAACAUUUAAACUGAAAUAAAAACUCAAAAGACAUGAAAGUGACAGAAGGACGGAGAUCUUCAGAGUUUUAGGGACGAGGAGUCGGAGUCGAUCAGCUGACCUCAGGGAACAUUGAAGAGGUCAGAGGUCAACUGUGGUUCUGAUCCGUUUACAGAUUUAAAAACAAACAAGAACAUCUGAAAAUGAACGGGAAGCUGAUGGAGGGACGUGAUGUGGUCAUGUUUUGGUGACCUCAUCGCUCCUGUUAGUGAUAUUUGGAGGGAUUUAUUUAUGAUCAGCAGCCAUCUUGGAUUUUUGUUGGUGGCGUCGUUGUUUUCUAUGAUGGCGGCAGGAAGUAGGCUGGUGCUGCAGCGGUCUGACCACGUGAAAAAGUGACUCGUAUUGGAUGGUGAUGAAGGACUCACGUGAGGAUGUCUGGCGGUAUCAUAACCCGCUGAUGAGGAGGUCUUUAUUCUGGUUUUCAGAGCGACUAAAGCGAUAAAUGAGAAACGGAGUCAGGACUGGGAUCAUUUCCUGUCUCCUUUCUUAUCUCCUCAGGUCCUUCUCUAAUGUCUCUACUCGCCUUCCUUUCUUUUCUCUGAAUCCUCGCUCUCUUAUCUUCCUCCUCCUCCUCCUCCUCCUCCUCCUCCGUCUUUAUUUCCUUUAUUAUUUCAUCUUCUCCUCUUUUCAUUUAUUCUCUCUCUUCUCUCUGACUUUUUUCUCUCUUCUUCGUUCUUUAUCUUCGUCCUCCUCUUCCUCAGACCCCGAGCAGAGCGUCCACGAGCUCGUGUACGACCUGCGCUCUCAGUGCGACGCCAUCCGGGUCACAAAGACGGUCCGGCCGUAUCGGAUGGUGAUCUGCCCCGUCAACGAGAACAACGCCGCUCUGAUGGUCAGCGACGGCCGGGUCAUGCUGUGGGAGCUCAAAGCUCACACUGGGCGGGCCGCUGCCAACCCCAGGUACACACACACACACACACACACACACACACACAGAGUUUAUGGUUCCCCUUUUUCCCAGUGAGGAUCCAGAAUUCUGUCCCAGUGGAACCAGUGAUCUGGAUCAGAACGUUGUCACCUUCUCUGCUGCGAGGGUUCCUGUAAACCGUGACGCUCUGGAACAGCUCUGGUGUCAAUAAAGAGGGUUUGAGCUCAGGUCUGCUGACACCAGAACCAGCUGGACGGGUCCGAAUUCUGUGGAAACAGUUCUUCCUGUUUCAGAGCAGACUGUGAGGUCUGUUUUCACUGGUCAGCUGAUCACAGAUACAGCCUCUGAUUGGCCAUCAGACAGAGUCAGAACAGGUUUAGGAGGAGAGUGGGUCUCACAGACAGAACUUCAUAUUUUAGUCAAUGCUGUAAUCCAACAGUGACGUCAUUUCUCCACUUCAUGAAUAAAUCUGGACAUCAGGCCGUCGCUCUUGUUCAGAAGAGUCGUAUUUUCAGCUCAGUGUGUUCCUCUGGUCCCUCUGGUCCCUCUGGUUCCUCUGGUCCUCUGGUUCUUCUGGUCCCUCUGGUCCCUCUGGUUCCUCUGGUUCUUCUGGUCCCUCUGGUCCCUCUGGUCCCUCUGGUCCCUCUGGUUCCUCUGGUCCCUCUGGUCCCUCUGGUCCUCUGGUUCUUCUGGUCCCUCUGGUCCCUCUGGUCCCUCUGGUUCCUUUGGUCCCUCUGGUUCCUCUGGUCCCUCUGGUUCUUCUGGUGCCUCUGGUCCUCUGGUUCUUCUGGUCCCUCUGGUCCCUCUGGUCCCUCUGGGUUGACGUGUUUUUUCAGUUCUGCUUGUUUCAGUCUUUAUUCGUCACGGUCCGAUCCGUCCACUUGGUUCUGAUUGUUCUGCAGAAAUCUAUCUGAUUGGACUUAAUGAUACUUGGACUGAAUCCACAGGAGUCCCAGGUCUAUGCAGGUCCUGGAUCAAGAGUAGCUUUGAAGACCUCCUCUUGAGAGGCUGUGAACCCCUGACCUGAAAUUAGCCUCCUAAGUGACGGUGCAGGAGUUCAGCUCUGACAGUCGCUCCCUCUCUCCCUCGUUCCCUCGUUUCUUCACUUCUUUUAACUCGACUGUCAGUUUGAGACCGACCCGUUUAUUUCAGGCAGCGAGACGAAGCUCAGUCUUCAGAUUCAAGAGUGACGGCGUCGUGCUCUCUGUGUGAAGAUGUCUAAUUAUAGUUUUUUAAAUGAAGUUUCUAUUUCAGGUAAAUUCAAGGAGAGAAGUUGUCUUUCUAAUUUCAAAGUCUUCUUUGUUUCUCAUCAUUUCUGCUUCUGAUUUAAAAAGAAAAUAAAUCCUGAAAUAUACGACCAGAGACCCUGAAGACCCUGAAGAUAAACACUGAGUUUGAUGGUCUGCAGAUCAUUUAGAGUCUGUGUUUGGAAAUAGUGACCGAAAACUGGGACUGAUUACUGUUCCUCAUCCUGUGUCCUCAGCGCUUCUUAAACCAAGAUGUUGUUUAAAACUGAGGAUGCAGCAUCUAUGAUUUCAAGUUCUAUGUUGAAAGGACAACUGGACUUAGUUGAGAAGUUUCGCCUGUGAUUUUUGAUUAAAUAUCGAUGUGUGUGAAUUCUCAGAUGUAUUUAGAGUCACAUGUGCAAAAAAAAUAAUCAACAAAUGUUUUUUUUUCCUGUAAAUAAGGCGGUGAAGUUAGUUUCAGGUUGGAUAUAUUCUCCUGUAAAUACGGCGGUGAAGUUAGUUUCAGGUUGGAUAUAUUUUCCUGUAAAUACGGCGGUGAAGUUAGUUUCAGGUUGGAUAUAUUUUCCUGUAAAUACGGCGGUGAAGUUAGUUUCAGGUUGGAUAUAUUUUCCUGUAAAUACGGUGGUGAAGUUAGUUUCAGGUUGGAUAUAUUUUCCUGUAAAUACGGCGGUGAAGUUAGUUUCAGGUUGGAUAUAUUUUCCUGUAAAUACGGCGGUGAAGUUAGUUUCAGGUUGGAUAUCUGACGGACAUUCUCUGAGGAUCUACCGGUGUCUUCUCACUCUCCAUAACCGGGAAUAACAACAGCAGCGCGGUUAAAUCUACUCGACACCCUCACUGUCAACGUCGGUGUUGAAUAAGGGACCGUCAAUAAAUUACCGGUUGAUGUUCUCAGAAAAGGCUGUUUUCCUUCAAUAGCUUCACUGUCAUGUGACCAAAAGACCUCAAAUUGAUUUCUAAUAAUAGUUCUAAGGUCGAUCAAUAAGACAAACAUUAUUGAUCAGUUUUCAUUGAUCCCCUAAAGUUUUUUGUUUGCUCAUCGUGAACAAAGUUCGUGUGGAUCCCUGUAAAUAGAUGUUGAGUUUUAGACUCUGGUCCGGCCUCUUUAUAAAUACUGGUGUCAGUGUCCGCCCCCCCCGUCCCUCUGUGGUCCGGUCUCUCUCCGCAGACUUCAGAACUCUUAUUUACAGGCAGAUAUUUUACUCAGCCGCUCCAGAUCGAUCCCAGGUCAGGACUUGUUCGUGUCACUUUAAUCACAAAUAAUUUUUCUUGGAGUGGUCUCUGUGUUUUAUCGAGCAGAAUCAAAUCGAUACUCAGAUUCAGCUGUUGGUCUGUAAUUUAUUAAACCGCCCCUCACAUUUAUCAGGACCACCAGGAACACUCAUUCAUCACCUCCUAACUAAAGUCUGCCAUGUUUCCUGCUGCUCUCUCAUCCUUCUUGUCCCCCCUCCUCUCCGUCAGCUCGGGGUUGUCUCCGCUCUACUCCCCCGUGUCCUUCUGUGGAAGUCCUCUGGGUCCCAACCAGAAGAAGAUCCAGGAUCUGUCUCUGAACAGCAUGAUCGGUGAGACCUUCAACACAACAC